GGGCGGCGGCCCUGGGUUCUGGGACAGGUGACCCGGCGGCGGGGCGAGGCAGCUAGCGGCGUCGCAUGGAGGGCUCUGGGGGCGGUGCGGGCGAGCGGGCGCCGCUGCUGGGCGCGCGGCGGGCGGCGGCGGCGGCGGCGGCGGCGGCGGCUGGGGCGUUCGCGCGCCGGCGCGCGGCGUGCGGGGCCGUGCUGCUGACGGAGCUGCUGGAGCGCGCCGCUUUCUACGGCAUCACGUCCAACCUGGUGCUAUUCCUGAACGGGGCGCCGUUCUGCUGGGAGGGCGCGCAGGCCAGCGAGGCGCUGCUGCUCUUCGUGGGCCUCACCUACCUGGGCUCGCCGUUCGGAGGCUGGCUGGCCGACGCGCGGCUGGGCCGGGCGCGCGCCAUCCUGCUGAGCCUGGCGCUUUACCUGCUGGGCAUGCUGGCCUUCCCGCUGCUGGCGGCGCCUGCCACGCGAGCCGCGCUCUGCGGUUGCGCGCGCCUGCUCAACUGCACAGCGCCUUAUCCCGACGCCGGCGCCCGCUGCUGCGCACCGGCCACGUUCGCGGGGCUAGUGCUGGUGGGCCUGGGCGUGGCCACCGUCAAGGCCAACAUCACGCCCUUCGGCGCCGACCAGGUUAAAGAUCGAGGUCCGGAAGCCACUAGGAGAUUUUUUAAUUGGUUUUAUUGGAGCAUUAACCUGGGAGCGAUCCUGUCGUUAGGUGGCAUUGCCUAUAUUCAGCAGAACAUCAGCUUUGUCACUGGUUAUGCGAUCCCCACUGUCUGCGUCGGCCUUGCUUUUGUGGUCUUCCUCUGUGGCCAGAGCGUUUUCAUCACCAAGCCUCCUGAUGGCAGUGCCUUCACCGACGUGUUCAAGAUACUGACGUAUUCCUGCUGUUCCCAGAAGCGAAGUGGAGAGCGCCAGAGUAAUGGUGAAGGCAUUGGAGUCUUUCAGCAAUCUUCUAAACAAAGUCUGUUUGAUUCAUGUAAGAUGUCUCAUGGUGGGCCAUUUACAGAAGAGAAAGUGGAAGAUGUGAAAGCUCUGGUCAAGAUUGUCCCUGUUUUCUUGGCUUUGAUACCUUACUGGACAGUGUAUUUCCAAAUGCAGACAACGUAUGUUUUACAGAGUCUUCAUUUGAGGAUUCCAGAAAUUUCAAACAUUACAACCACCCCUCACACGCUCCCUGCAGCCUGGCUGACCAUGUUUGAUGCUGUGCUCAUCCUCCUGCUCAUCCCUCUGAAGGACAAACUGGUCGAUCCCAUUUUGAGAAGACACGGCCUGCUCCCAUCCUCCCUGAAGAGGAUCGCCGUGGGCAUGUUCUUUGUCAUGUGCUCGGCCUUUGCUGCAGGAAUUUUGGAGAGUAAAAGGCUGAACCUUGUUAAAGAGAAAACCAUUAAUCAGACCAUCGGCAACGUCGUCUACCAUGCUGCCGAUCUGUCACUGUGGUGGCAGGUGCCGCAGUACGUGCUGAUCGGGAUCAGCGAGAUCUUUGCAAGUAUCGCAGGCCUGGAAUUUGCAUACUCAGCUGCCCCCAAGUCCAUGCAGAGUGCCAUAAUGGGCUUGUUCUUUUUCUUCUCUGGCGUUGGGUCAUUUGUGGGUUCUGGACUGCUGGCGCUGGUGUCUAUCAAAGCCAUUGGAUGGAUGAGCAGCCACACAGACUUUGGUAAUAUUAACGGCUGCUAUUUGAACUAUUACUUUUUUCUUCUGGCUGCUAUUCAAGGAGUUACCCUCCUGCUUUUCCUCAUUAUUUCUGUGAAAUAUGACCAUCAUCGAGACCAUCAGCGAUCAAGAGCCAAUGGCGUGCCCACCAGCGGGAGGGCCUGACCUUCCUGAGGCCAUGUGCGGUUUCUGAGGCUGACAUGUCAGUAACUGACUGGGGUGCACUGAGGACAGGCAAAACUUUAAAUUCCCGUAAAAUGUCUGACUUCACUGAAACUUGCAUGUUGCCUGGAUUGAUUUCUUUCCUUCUACCCAAAGGAGCUUGGUAAGUGCCUUACUACGGCGUGUCUCCUGGCACGCUGGGCCCUCCGGGAGGAGAGCUGCAGUUUUCGAGUAUGUCGCUUGUCAUUCAAGGUCUCUGUGAAUCCUCUAGCUGGGUUCCCUUUUUUACAGAAACCCACAAAUGGAGAUUGCAAAGUCUUGGGGAACUACACGUGUUAGUUGGCAUCUCAGUUUCUUAAACAAAUAGUAUCACCUGCUUCCCGUAGCCAUAUCUCACUGUAAAAACAAAAAUUAAUAAACUGUUACUUAUAUUUAGGAAAGUGAGGAUUUUUUUUUUUUUUUUUUAAAGAUAAGAGCAUGGUCAGAUGCUGCAAGGAUUUUACAUAAAUGCCAUAUUUAUGGUUUCCUUCCUGAGAACAAUCUUGCUCUUGCCAUGUUCUUUGAUUUAGGCUGGUAGUAAACACAUUUCAUCUGCUGCUUCAAAAAGUACUUACUUUUUAAACCAUCAACAUUACUUUUCUUUCUUAAGGCAAGGCAUGCAGAAGAGUCAUUCAAGACCAUGUGUCCCAUCUCAAGCCACAGAGCAACUUACAGGGUAUUUCACACGUUACCUAGUCAGUGCUUAUAUAUAGCUUUAUUUUGGUACGAUUGAGACUAAAGACCGACCAUGGUUGUAUGUAAGGAAAACAUUCUUUUGAACAGAAAUAGUGUAAUUAAAAAUAAUUGAAAGUGUUAAAUGUGAACUUGAGCUGUUUAACCAGUCACAUUUUUGUAUUGUUACUGUACAUGUAUCUGGGGCUUCUCCGUUUGUUAAUACUUUUUCUGUAUUUGUUGCUGUAUUUUUGGCAUAACUUUAUUAUAAAAAGCAUCUCAAAUUCGAAAUCCA